AUGCCGAAUGUCACACGCACAUCGAGACUCCAGAAGAACGCGUCCGGCGCAUCUGGCGAAAUGCCGACGCUGUCGCCUUUGAUGUCGACUUCGACCGUCUGCCAGGACGAGGCUAUCGAUGAGUUGGCCAACUUCCUAGGAGUCGGUGAGGCAGUGGCCAACGUCACGCGACAGGCCAUGAAUGGCAAUGCCCGAUUUCGGUGA